UACCGAGUGAAAGGAAGGGGUCCAAGUGACGUCACGGGUCAAUACCAGCGCCAGUGCGCGCCACCGAGGGCUCCAUCUUGCUCGACCUGACACCUCAGCACCGCAGCCCGAAGGCCCUUGGCACAGGGUAGCAAGAUGAAUUACGGCGAAGACUAUGGGCCACAGUACGCGGCGCAGCCAGGGGCGCCAAAGGGCGGCAUCCGUCCUCAGGUGGACCCUUCGGCGACCGGUGAGGUGGACCCUUCGAUGUACGCGCCGCCUAAGGAGAGCACCAACAAGAUCCGCGGUCGCUACGACAUCAUCGAGAUGCUGUGCGGUGGCGUGGACCAAGAGCUGCUUCCCGUCAAGAGCUUCUACUUCUUCUUCUACUCGGCAUUUGGCUCGCUCUUCCCCCUCAUGGGUGUCUACUUCAAGCAGAUGGGCAUGAACCCGGGACAAUGCGGCGUGCUCAUCGGCUUCCGACCCUUCAUUGAGUUCCUCGCCGCGCCCUUCUGGGGCUCCCUCGCCGACAGGCACCAAAAGGGCAAGCAGCUGCUACUUUUCUCGCUGGCGAGCUGGAUCGUGUUCACGCUGCCGCUUGGAUUUAUCCAGCCGCCAGCCACAUCGUGCAUUCUGCGCCACAACGCCACCGACUACGUGCUCAAGGCGCCGGACAACCCGCCGCGCAACAUGCGCCGCCGCAGGGAAGCGCUCAUCACCUCCGAGGGCGGCGAGCUGGACGUCCCGCCGGGCCUACACUCGCUCAGCUUCCUCGACAACAUGCCCGAACAAACUCGCGUGAAACGAAGCGCUCGGCCGCACGUGGCCGCCGGUCUCUCCCCGCUGAAGGUGACCUACGCGAGCAACUACGACCCUCAAACCAACGACAACUGGGUGUCGCCCUGGUUCAGCUCAAUUGUGUACAGGACGAGCGACAUCCAGAAGGCAUUCUUCCUGCUGCUGCUGCUCGUGUUCAUUGGAGAAAUCUUCGCUGCCCCAGCCAUCACUCUGGCCGACUCGGCGGUGAUCACGAUUCUGGGCGAGGACGCCGACCGCUACGGCCACCAGCGAAUGUUCGGCUCCCUUGGCUGGGGUCUUGCCAUGUUCUUCGUCGGCAUCGCCCUCGACCACUCAACUGCUUUUCCCGACCACCCCUGCGGGCCAGAGGACAAGGAGAAGAACUACACUAUUUGCUUCGCCACUUUCUCCGUUCUCAUGGGCGCUGCCCUCCUCGCUGCCACACAAAUCAACUUCAAGUACGAGCCACACCCUGAGUUGGAGAUGCCGCAGAUUGUGGAGCAGCCGCAGGUUCCUGAGCCUCCUCUCGUCUUCCACGGCGAGACUGUCUUGUCAGGAUCCGACGCUCAACCAACUGCCCAGCCGCAGCAGGCUCCGCUCAUCGGAAGGCAGACGAAAGUAUUCGCUCAGACGAUGCGCCAAAUGCCCGAGUGGGUGACCGUCCUGAAGCAGUUCAACAACCUUAAGUGCGGCUCUUUCCUCUUCGUCGCCUGGUUCAUGGGCUUCGGAAUCGGCCUCAUCUUCACCUUCCUCUUUUGGCAUCUCCAGGACUACGGUGGUUCUCCGACUUUGUUUGGUGUGGCGUCCGUCAUCAAUCACAUAUCAGAGAUUUUCGCCUACUUCUUCAGCUUCCGGCUGAUCAGACAAAUGGGUCACGUCAAGGUCCUCUGCAUUGGGCUCGUCGGCAAUGUUGUACGAUUCCUCUACAUUUCCUGGCUGAAAAACCCGUGGUGGGUGCUGCCGUUCGAAUUCAUGCAGGGAAUAACCCACGCGGCCGUGUGGGCAGCCUGCUGCUCCUACAUCGCUCACAACACUCCGCAGCACCUUCGCGGAUCCGCACAAGGCGUCCUCCAAGGCAUCCACCAUGGACUCGGCCGAGGCUGUGGCGCCGUCAUCGGUGGCAUAUUCGUCACCUACUUUGGAACGACGGCCACUUUCAGGGGCUACGGCGUGUGCUGCUUAUUUGUCCUUGGCGCGUUCAUUUUCAUCAACUUCUACCAAAAGGACACUGGAUUUGUGUCCGAACUGCCCCCAGAAAUUGAUCCACACAAGGUUGCCGAGGAGACAGCGCACUUGGCGCCACAUGGAGUGCCCAGCAACCCAAUCCCGCGCGCCCUUUCGAGCAACCGGCUGCAAGACUUGGCCGCGAACGACUACGGCUCCACGUACCAGCAGGGUCAGCCGACCCUGGACGUGCCUGGUGGUGUCGCGACCAACCCCUUCCGCCAAGAGGCCUUCGGCCAGCAGCAGUACUACGACCAGGGCCAGUACUCGUUACAAUAGACUGCCUCCCUCCCAGCUGCAGGCACAAUUUGAGCUCCCAAAUAGGGGUCAAAUGGCCGAAAGUCAACCAAUCGCCAUCAAACUCAGCAGCUUGGCGACCAAAUUUUCCUCUCAAGUGGCGGAGAAAUUAUUCAUAUUUUGUUGACCCCACAUUUUGUCCAGUUCAACGAUUCGUUCUCUCCUGCUGAUUGGAAUACCAGACACCACGAAACAUGGCCAUCUUGUAUGAAAAUGUUGAAUAUCUCGUUCUUUGCGACUAUUACAUUUAGAGGGUACAUAGGCUCGAUUUACUGCCAUAUAGAGUCCAUUAUUUACAAGUGCUGGGCAAAAGUACACAUUUAUAGUUAUCGUUUUCUUACUCAUUACAUAUAUUCGCAUUGUAUCGGAAAGGAAAUACCUAUUAAGACACGAAUGCGCUGAAGAGAACGGUAGAAAAAAUACUCAAACUGUAUAUAAACGACUGGUCAUUCUCUACAAAAAACUAUUUAAAACAAAAAAAUAUUACAAAAAUACUCACACGACGAAAUAGUAGUACGGUUCCACAUGUUGUUAGGCGCACAUUAUAUUCUGUUAACGCAGCUUUAAAAAAAUAUAAUAAACUGAAACAAUCGGCGCAGUAGUGGAAAAUAAAUCACGUUCCAUAUAUUUUGGCUUGCUCAAAAUUAAGUAAUGCGAGUCCUCGGAUAAAUGGAAACAUUGAAAAUGUGUUGGAUACUAAAAUAUAUUUGUUGAACUGCACAGUUCAAAAGUGAUAAUUAACGAAAAAGGUAAACUAUUUUGGUGCUUUCUCAUUCAUCCACAAGCUGUUCUCAAACAUAUCAAUAGCAAGGCCAAAAUAAAGCAAAUUUUGUGUUCGGGCGAGUAAUAAUUGUUGACGAUUUUUUCAGCCAUAUUUAUGCGAACAUGUACGCGUUAAAUCUCAAAACAGGAAAGAGAGAUAAAAGUAUUAUGCUAUAAAAACUGACGCCGACGGAACGUAAUUUUAGUCGGUUUGUUCACAAAACACCGACUCGAGUUAUUGUGGCACUGAAGAAACGACAAGCAAUUUUUUAGCAUUUCUUUGAGCACUCUAGAGAAAAGAAAAAUAGCCAAAGAUUAAAAAGAUCGAGUGCCGCACGAGUUAGGGGGGAUGCGUGAACAAGCCUAACAUAGUUUAUUUUUCUGUGGCGUCUCUCACAGAAAUAAUCCAUCGAUCUAUAACAAAAAAUAUGCACAUAAUUCUAUUGCCUGACGAGAACAGAUGCUUAUACGUGUAUCACUUAUUUUAAAACAGUUUAUUUGCGGUAUAAAAGUCGUGUCUUCUCCUCGGGCACACAAGGGUCUUUUAAAUGUGGAGAUAUUAAAUUAUAGAUAUAUAAUUAAGUUUUAUUAUCAGAGAUGCACCACAAAAUACGCGAUUGAACGAGCAGGGAACGAGAGAGUGGAUGAGUUGAAUCAUUCCAUAUGCGUACAUUAUCAUUAAAAAUACCUCCUGUGUGUUUUCAAUUAUUAAUGUGAUAUACAGAUGUUAUCAGUUUUGUUGAUUUCCUGCGUUCUCAUGUUAGAACAAACUCUAGUCGUAUCGCGGAUGAAAGUACUAAUUUUGUCUAGUGUGAAACGAAAGAAAUGUCUGAGCUGCUAGUGUGUGUGAGAGAGAGAAAGUGAAUAAAUAAACAAGAAAUAAAAUAGAAAUGCAAACAAUAACUUGUACGCCUCAUUUCGCGGAUGAGCAGCUAUUAUGUCUCUAAAGUUGUUGCAUGUUUUAGCUAAUAUGAAAAUCUGUAAUAUAACAAUGAGAAUAUCGACCUUUGUGAAUGUUCACGUAUAUUAAAUAUACAUGUGUUACUGAA